GAUGUGGAAAAAAUCAUGGACUUCCUUUCCUUCUUGCCCUUUUCUGCAGGUCCAUACUACUGCGGAGUUGGAGCAGACAAGGCUUAUGGCCGAGACAUUGUGGAAGCUCACUAUCGAGCCUGCCUAUAUGCUGGUGUGAACAUUGGAGGCACCAAUGCAGAAGUUAUGCCAGCACAGUGGGAGUUCCAGGUGGGUCCUUGUGAAGGAGUUGAUAUGGGUGACCACCUCUGGAUUGCUCGAUUCAUCCUUCAUAGAGUAUGUGAAGACUUUGGUGUCAUUGUGUCUUUUGAUCCCAAGCCCAUCCCAGGGAACUGGAAUGGAGCUGGAUGUCACACCAACUUCAGUACUAAGUCCAUGCGAGAGGAUGGAGGCCUCAAGCAUAUUGAAGAAGCCAUUGAGAAGCUGGGCAAGCGCCAUCAGUACCACAUCCGUGCCUACGAUCCCAAAGGGGGGCUGGAUAAUGCCAGACGCCUAACCGGCUUCCAUGAGACAUCCAACAUUCAUGAGUUCUCUGCUGGAGUAGCCAACCGUGGUGCCAGCAUCCGCAUCCCGAGAAAUGUGGGCCAAGAGAAGAAGGGCUACUUUGAAGACCGCCGGCCCUCUGCCAACUGUGACCCUUACGCUGUGACCGAAGCACUUGUCCGCACUUGUCUCCUCAAUGAAACUGGGGAUGAGCCCUUUGAGUACAAGAACUAAAUGGACUUGGUCCUACAGGCACCCCACUCUCUUUCUCAUGUCUGUCUUUUCUCUGUUCUAGAUGUUAAUUCUGAGGGCAUGAGAUACCAUAUUUGUGCCCCCCUCCCCUAAAACUCACCCUCUCUUUUUCUUCUCAUGGGAGGUGGAAGUCUAGUCUUCUUUCAGCAUUCAUUCUGUCAUUUCAGCGGCUGGGAAGAGGAGGAGUGGGCAUUAGAAGAAACAAACCUGAAUUAACCACUAUUUCAUGUAAUUUGUCUAUAUGUCUUGAAAAAGUUUCAGUAGCUUC